AUGAAACUGCACUUCGCCAUAUCCUGCCUCGCCAUUGCGACCACAACUCAGGCGGCGUCAUACUGGUGCAAAUGCACAGGAGGCUCCGAUGUGGAUAUCGCCGGAAUAACAUACAGUUGCUGUUCAAACGGUGUUAGCAUUCCCAAUAAGGGUACACUCACGGGCCAAUUCUUCAAUAAGCACAAGGACUGUGUGGUCGAUGCGGGAAGCCCGCUGGAUGUGACGUCGAAUUCGUUCGCCAACUGUUGCAGAGGAGAUCCCAGAGCGAAGCUUAAUGGUGCACAAUGCAAUCCAAACUAG